AGGAAAAUUUUAUGUACUUGUUAGUUUUGUCAAGUAAAAUUUUAUUACUUGUCUUGUUGCUUGUGGCAGUUGGGAAAGAUGCAAAAGUCGAAAUGCAGUAUAUGUUGCCGCAACCAGGAGACGAGGGCACGUGUGCAUGUAAUCUACACGGGCGGCACAAUAGGCAUGAUGCGUAAUGCUGAUGGUGUCCUAGCACCCAUUCAGCAUGAGCUGCCCAAACGACUGCGCGAUUACCCCAACUGCCACGACAAAAGCUACAAAUUAAACAAGAAUGAAGACUUACUGGUGCUGCCACAUGUAGAAGGGACGCCGUAUCGUGUGCUAUACGAUUUGGUUGAAUAUGCGCCGCUCUUGGACUCCAGCUGUAUGAACAUGUCUGACUGGCAGCGUAUAGCAAAGGAUAUAGGGAAAUCCUAUAAUCAGUAUGAUGGCUUUGUUAUACUGCAUGGCACCGACACCAUGGCCUACACAGCUUCCGCAUUAUCUUUCAUGCUACAGAAUCUAGGCAAACCUGUGGUUAUUACAGGAGCACAGAUACCUAUCUUUGAGAUGCGCACAGAUGGACGUGAUAAUUUUAUAGGCUCGAUAGUGCUGGCGGGCAACUUUGAUAUACCCGAGGUAGUGCUUUACUUUGGCAAUCGUGUGAUGCGAGGUUGUCGGACUACCAAGAUUAGCGCUGAAUCCUUUCAUGCAUUUGAUACGCCCAAUCAUCCGCCGCUGGGUGAAGUGGGCGUUAAUGUGGACAUCAAUAGUCGACUUUUAUUUCGUUCCUGCAGCCUGGAGUGCUUUUCGGUACACGACAAGCUCGAGACGCAGGUGGGUCUGUUGUUAAUGUAUCCGGGCAUAACACCAGCGGUGCUACGCGCCUUUCUCAGUGAGCCCAUGAGGGGCGUGGUAAUCCAGAGCUUUGGCGCAGGCAAUGUGCCCUCGAAUAAUGCGGAGCUGCUGGCUGUACUACGCGAGGCUAUCAAUCGUGGCAUGCUUAUAGUAAAUAUAAGUCAAUGUCCCAAAGGCUCUGUUGCGGAAAUUUAUGAAACCGGCGCUUGGAUGUCCAUGGGCGUGGUGGCAGGCAGCGAUAUGACCAAGGAGGCAGCAUUUACCAAGCUAGCUUAUGUGUUGGCUAAGCCAGAGUGGGAUCUGGCAAACAAAAAGAAGGUCAUGCAGCUAAGUAUACGUGGUGAGCUGACCACCAAUAAGGUAGCCAAGGUAAACGAUAUAGAUCUGAUUGAAGGCGUCGCUCGCACAUUACGUCUGUCUACGGCUAAGGAGCGAGAGCAAAUGUGCGCCACUUUCUAUCCAGCAAUUGUGGCAGCAUCCAUUGUGGAGAACGAUGUGGAAAAACUGAAAGCUUUGAAGCAGUACGGCGCUGAUUUGUGUGAUAAAAACUGCGAUGGACGCACUGCGUUGCAUUUGGCCUGCUUUAUGGGCAAAGUAGUAUGUGUGGAAUAUCUGUUGGCCGCAGGCUGUGCCACAGAUGUGGCAGAUCGUUUUAGUCGCACACCGCUGCAUGAAGCCAUUGAUACCGAUAAUCGUCAGAUUAUAAGGCUGCUGUUGAAGCACGGCGCCAGGCUGCAGGAUGUGCCCGAGGUGCAGGCUGAGGUGCUGCGUGCGCUGGCCGAACGCGCUCAACUCGAACGCCUUGAAUCCUAUCGCUUGGCUGGCGGUAAUCUUAUGCAAGCCGACCGCACUGGACGCACCGCGUUGCAUUAUGCCUGCCAGCUAGGCCGACAGGAUGUGGUGAUGUAUCUGAUUUCGCACUAUGCGCAUAUCCAGCUGCAGGAUGAGCUGGGCUUGACGCCUUUAGAUUAUGCCCAGGCGGCCAACCACGAACAUAUUGUUUGUCUGUUGCAUACAUGUGAACAAUGCAGUUGAAUACAAUUUUUACUUGACUAAAAAGAAAAAAAACCUGAAUAAGACUAAAGUUAGACGUAGGCGACUUUCAUAUACACUUUGGUAUCUCUACCUUUUAGCCUAUUAAACAAUAAACUCAA